GUUGUCAUAGAUGGUGAUUUGUACAUCAUGGUAAUGUUUGGUCUUACAAAGAAUGGGUGCAAAGACAUUUCACUAUUUCCUUUCCAAUAUAUGGAAGCUGUUGAACUUGCUCUUAAACAAAUAAACAGGCAUGAAGGUCAGUUUGAAGACCUGGGUAUCAAAAUUGGUGCAAUUUUUAUGGAUGACUGUUCAUCAGCAGAACAUGGACCGAAAGUAAUUAGAAAAUUUUACGAAGGUGAUCUGUUGGUCCAUGAUUCAAUUGGUGCCCGUAUUGGCCCUGAUCGGGUUGUUGGAUUUGUUGGAUCUCAAGGCAGUGACAGCACUAUGAAAGUUGCAGAGUAUUUGAAGACUACACAGACAGCUUUAGUAACUCCAUUUGCUACAAGCCCUCAGUUAAGUGACAGAACUAGGUUCCCGUAUGUUGUAAGAACUGUACCAUCAGACAGUAAGCAGGGGCCUGCUUUAGCCACACUAUUCAUGAGUCUUGGUUGGCCCAAUGUCCAUGUUAUCAUUUUAGAUGGUGUAGGAUAUACCAGAGACUUGGCAAAUACGUUCAAAGAAACAUUUGAAAGGGAAGAACAGGGGCGAUGCAUAUCCUCUAUUCACAUGCAAAGUGUCUCACAGAUGAGGUAUAGCAAUGAACAAAUAAUUUCAGCCAUCAUAAACAGCACCUCCAAUACUGAUAUAGUUUUGUAUGUAGCAUUAAAUAUCAGAGCAUUACUAGAAGCCAAGGAAAAAUAUCUUGGAAAUGAAAGGAAAACGUC